UUUACCCACCACUCACCGCUCGGUAGCUGACUCGAUUUGCCGACUCCAAAGUGUUUUCGAAUGCAACGCUUCACAUGCACCAAAUUAAGGCCUGCGUGCGGCCGCCAUUGAACAUUCGUAGCCACGAGUGCUCGACGCCGUACACGUCCGACGAACUCACCGCCAUCGCGCGCGACAACAUUGAGGUGAACAUGUCAGUGGUGUGCAACUUCGGGCAGGAGUUCGCCACGCUCUCUGAAUUCGUACGCCAAUCGCUCGGCAUUCUUGCCCUCGGACAGUGCUCGACAGGAAAGUGCGAGGUAGAUUCGGUUCCUGA